AUGCAGUCGGUGAAGAGCUUCCUCUGGGGCCCAACUCCCGAGGAGCAGGUCAGCCAGCAUCCGCAUACUCCCACAUGCUGCCGCAGUCUGUCUAACGAUUACNAGAAAAGAAAAUGUAACACUCUAAUGCGCCAACAAACACGCCAACUCGAUCGCGAAAUCAUGAAAUUGAAGCAACUCGAAGGCAAAACCAAGUCCUUCAUCACUCAAGCCGCCAGACGCGCCCAGCGCAAUCCGUCGCAAGCCAAAUCGGCCGCUCAGGAGACUCGUACCUUUGCGCGUGAGCUCAUCAGGGUACGCAAGCAAAGUGCAAGAUUGGCUACUAGCCAGGCACAGCUGCAGAGCGUGGGCAUGCAGAUCAACGAGGCCUUUUCGGUACGGAAGAUUGAGGGAAGCAUCAAAGCCAGUGUAGGCAUCAUGAAGGACGUCAACACUCUGGUGCGCUUGCCUGAAUUGACAGGCACCAUGCGAGAGCUCAGCCAAGAAUUGAUGAAGGCGGGCAUUAUUGAAGAGAUGGUUGGGGACAGUCUGCCUGACAAUGAACUCUUGGAAGAUGAAGACGAAGAGGCAGAGAGUGAGGUCGACAAGGUCCUCAGCGAGGUGCUCAAGGACAAGCUGCCGACAAACGCACAACCCAUGGAUCUCCCACCCGUUCAAUCAGCAGAGCCCGAAGAGGAAGAAGACCAGGAGGAGCUGCUCGCUCAAAUGAGAGGACGUCUUGAGGCUCUGAAGAGUUAG